AUGGAGGGCCGCGCGUUCGACGAGGGGCUCGAGGCGGCGGAGAGCGAGGCGCAGGCCAGGUACCGUGCUGCCUGGGGCGACCUCGGCCUUCCCCCCGACCGCUUCCCGCUCGAGGAUGGCGCCGUGAGUGAGGCGCAGCUUGCGGCGCUGCAGUCGGAGGUCUUCGGGAUCGACUCCUUCCUCCCCUCCUCCGCCGCCGUCACCCCGUGCGGCGUCUUCUUCUCGGGAUCGCUGCGCAAGGCGCCGCCCGACGCGGCGGCGCUGCUGCAGGAGCGGCUGUCGUGCGAGCUCAGCCGUCCUCCUUCGGAGCGGCUGUCCGCGAGCGAGUCGCUGCGUGACUCGGUCCGCCUCUUCCUGUUGCGCGACCCGCUCUACGCCCCGUCGCUCGAGGUGCCCGAGCCGGCGAGCGCGUCCGAGGACCCGUACGAGGAGGAGCUCUUCCUCAUCUCGCUGCCGCCGCCCGUCGUCCUCGCCCUCCCCGCCGCCCUCCUCCCCGCAGCAGCCACGGGCUCCGGAGAGGCAGCCCGCCCCCUCGCACCACCCUCCGGCCCAACCCUCCCCGGCCAGCGCUGGCAGCAGGCUGACGCGAGGACGCACUCUCUCCGCGCAGGCAACAUGGUCGAGCUUCUCGACGCAGCGGCGUACGCGGCGCCCAUCUACGCCACCGUCGCCGCGCUGCUUCUCGCGCACGACGCGGCGCACGUGAAGGCGCCGCCGGAAGCCGCCGCUUUGCCGGUGCCGGCCAUGGGCGUGCUCUCGGUCCUCGUCGUGCUGUCCGCCGUCGCGCUCAACGACGGCGCGCUCGGCGCGCCGGAGCUUCUCCUUCUCUGGGGCGGCGUCGUGCUGCUCCCGCAGCUGCUGCAGCAGGGCGAGGUGCCGUGCGCCGACGAGAUCACGCCGCCGCCAGAGUCGCGCCGCCGCGCAUUCCUCGCGCUUGUCGUCGUCGCCAUCCUCUGCCUGUCGCCCGCGCCGCACGCCGAGCCCGCCCUCUCGCUGGACUCGUUCGCAGAGAGCUUUGGCGCGGCGGGCAUUGCGUUGUGAGAUCCUUGAUUGUGUCCUGCCGGUGCCCUUUGAGCCGCGCCGCGAGGGUAUUUUCCAUAUGCGGCGCGUCACGCGAACGGCGAUUUUGCGUCAGACAAUUCCGAGAGCGAGUACGUACGUAUGUUAUCACCGCGGUGUGUCAC